AUGCCACCACCUAACAAGAAGAACAUUCAAGGGGAUAUCUGGCCCCGCCUUCCUAAAAAAGCGGAAACAUUCUAUUUUUUUCGAAUCACAAAACCUGAAGUGUUCAAAACACAUUUAUCUCAACUGGCUCCCUUGCUCACCACGGCUGAGGAUGCUCAGCGAAUGAGAGAAGACAUUUACAGGAAGAAGGAAGCCGGCACUCUGAAAGGUCUUAUUAAGCUAUCCGCUAUCAACGUUGCAUUUUCAUCUAAGGGGUUGGCUAAGCUUGGAGCUGAGGGCUUUGCCGAUGACCUUUUUAACAAUGGCCAAUGGCAAGAUAUGACCCACCCAGGCACUGGCGAAGAUCCUAAGAAGCAUCAAGGUCUCGAUGACCAACAGGAUUGGUACCAUCAGUUUAAGCCAAGAAAUGGCUCUGUUGAUGGUGUCUUCAUUGUGGCUGGUGACUCCGACCAGACUGUGAAGAAAACGAUUGAGAGCCUGAUUGAGAAGAUUUUUAAUGUUGGUGUUGCUGGGCAAAGCCUUCAGAGAAUCUUCUCGCAAAGUGGCAAUGUUCUACCUGAUGACAGAGAACAUUUCGGAUGGGUUGAUGGUAUUUCCCAACCCGUGGUUAUUGGCUUGGACGACCUGACCAAGGCCAAGUCACCUAAUGGCUUGAAACCAAUCCCAGCUGGUACUAUUCUUGUUGGAUGUGACGAGGACAAGACCAAGUACCCAGGAUGGGCUAAGGAAGGUAGCUUUAUGGUUUACCGCGUUUACGAGCAGAGGACUCCAGAAUUUGUCAUGUGGUGUGGCGCGAAUACCCCAUCUGUGCAAACGGAGGGUUUUUCAGAGACCGCAAAGAAGGAACUCCGCCUCUUCUCGUCGCGCGUUAUGGGGCGAUGGCCUGAUGGAGCUCCUUUGGAACUCUACCCUGAUAGCGAUCCUAGCCACAUCCUGAGCGCUGAUCCUCAUGAGAACUACGAACUGCUAAAGAAAGAAUGGGGCGACGACUUUGAUAGGAAGUACAAGGAACAGGAGGCGACGAAUCAUACUGAUAACUUCAACUACAAUGCCGAUGACCAAACGCGCUGUCCCUUUGCGUCGCACAUUCGCAAGUGCGGGCCUCGAGAUGAUCACCCCUUCUAUACGAAACAUCUUAUGCUCCGCAGAGGCAUUCCGUACGGCCCGCUGACCACCAACAAUGAAAAGGCUGGUGGUGUGUCGCAGACUGAGCGCGGUUUAUUGUUCGUUUCGUACCAGAGCAACAUUAAAAAUGGAUUUCACACCGUGCAGAAAGAAUGGGCAAACACUGCUGAGGGCCCCGACGACAAAACAGACCAAUGUGGAGGUAAAGCACCUCAGGGAAUUGACCCAAUCAUUGGCCAGGUUGCUCCUCAUUGUCGUCAUGAUGAAGACCCUGUCAUCUACAAUGCCCCCGUCCCUGCUGUGAACCUGCCGGACCCUCGAGUUCCUCCACCAGAGAUUAACGAACGGACUGUCCCUAUCCAAAGAUGGGUAAUUCCUCAUGGAGGCGAGUACUUCUUCACCCCUUCAAUUUCGGGUAUUCAAGACCAUCUGUGUAAGGCCUAG